AUGUACACACAAUCUGAUAUUAUUGAUAUAAGUUUACUGACAAGUAUUUCCCAUGCAAACACCAUCACGGAGCUGCCUGAAUCACAAAUAAAGAAUCUGAUCUCAUCCAAUUCUACCCCUUUUUUGCUUGGCUUACCUGCAAUUAUAUCCUACCUUCGAUUAAAAUUAAAUGACGAAGAAAUCAUGGCUAAGCUAAAGAUUUCAGAAGAAGUCCUAGAUAACUUAACUGUCCAGAUCGUCCCUAGAAAGAUAUCGAAAGUAGUAACCCAGUAUGAAGCGCCAUGCAAAAUCUGCGGUUCAGGAAGAGUUUAUAUUAAUAUAAAAGAGCAUCUUAGAACCGCUCACUUUUAUGAUAAACAGCAAAAGAAAGAAUACAUUGAAGCAAAUGGAAUAAAGAAUCAUUUGCACGAAGAAAAGCAGAAGCAAACCCCAAAAACUGCUUCAUAUCCUAAAACAGAAGGGAAUUAUAUUCAGUGCUAUGUCUGCUUACGAGACAUUAACAAGCGACAUUGGCAUGACCACGCCAUCUGCCAUUUAGGAGGUUACAUGAUUUUUUGUGAUCGCUGCAAUCGGUACAUGAAUAGAGACAAGUACAAGCGGCACAUGAAAAUGCGGCAUUGUAUUUAA